AUGUGUACCGGGGCGUGCUCCAAGUUCGUGGCCAUCCCGCUCUACGUGCUGGUGCUGGUGUCCGUCGUCUGCAACAUCCUGCUCUUCUUCCCGGACUUCGAUACGAAGUAUGCACAAGAUGACGGCGAGACGACCCCCCGGCUCACCGCCGAGGUCAAAUACAUGGGCGGCGUGAUCGGAGGAGGCAUCAUGGCUCUGAUUCCCGCCAUCCACAUCCACCUGACCGGCACCAAGACCUGCUGCGCAAACCGCUGUGGGAUGUUCCUGUCCAUCGGCUUCGCCGCCGCGGGCGUGGCGGGAGGCGUGUACAGUCUGGCCGUCGCCGCUCUGGGCCUCGCUAACGGACCGACGUGUCUCGGGGUGUCGCCCUCCAACCCACUCCCGCACUGGGGAACGCCCUUUGCGAACAGCAGUGGCUCCUACCUGACGGACCAGUCUCAGUGGGCUUUGUGCUUCGAGCCAAAGGACGUGGUGCAGUUCAACCUGGCCCUGUUCUCUACCCUGCUGGUGGCCGCCGGCCUGCAGAUCAUCCUCUGCUCCAUCCAGAUGGUCAACGGCCUGUUCGGCUGCAUCUGUGGAACCUGCUCGGGAAAGGAGUAAGAAACACGAAGACCUGGAGAAGGCCUGCAGGGGACCUUCAUCACCAU